CCUCUGAAGAGACCUAUAGUUGGAGGGGAGGGCGCUCAUCAGGCUGGCAUUGCAAACCUGAGCUAGAGGCCGUGCCUGGCGUCCAGCCUCUCGCUUCUCCGGCUCGUGCGCGCCACGAUAAUCUCACUGGGCGCCGACGCCAUGCCGUGGCGCCUUGUGCUUUAUAUUGCUGCCCCCCCGUGUCAUCCAGCGUCUUCUCGAUCGAGGGGAAUUAGGGAGAUUAAUUAAUUAGUUAGCUAGUAAAUCCGGCCGCAGAGCUCUUACUACGCAAUUCUAGCUAGGUUGGUAGCAAGCGGCGGCCUGCUGCAGCCAGAGGCUAGCCGGCGGCGCGCGGCGACGAUGAAGAACCAGGAGGACCUCGAGUUGCCGCUGCUGCCCGACGGCGAGCCGGCGCCGGCCGACGCCAAGGGCAGCGCGUACGCGCUCGUCUGCGCCCUCCUCGCCUCCCUCACCUCCAUCAUCUACGGCUACAACCGCGGCGUGAUGAGCGGGGCGCAGAAGUUCGUGCAGGCAGACCUGGGCGUCACCGACGGGCAGCUGGAGGUGCUCAUCGGCGCCACCAGCGUCUACUCGCUCGUCGGCUCUCUGGCAGCGGGGUGGACGUGCGACCGCGCGGGCCGGCGCCGCGCCGUCGCGCUCGCCGCGGCCAUGUUCCUGGCGGGCUCCGCCGCCACCGCCGCCGCCAACGGGUACGCCGCGCUCAUGGCGGGGCAGCUCGUCGCCGGCGUCGCCUGCGGGUUCGGCCUCGUCGUCGCGCCCGUCUACAUCGCCGAGAUCGCGCCCGCGGGCUCGCGAGGGUUCCUCUCCUCCAUCCCCGAGAUCGCCGGCAACUCGGGCAUCCUGCUCAGCUACGUCGCCGACAUGGCGCUCGCGGGCCUCCCCGCGACGCUCAACUGGCGCCUCAUGAUCGGCAUCGGCGCCAUCCCGCCGCUGUUCCUCGCGGCCGCCGCGGUGCUGGCCAUGCCGGAGACGCCGCGCUGGCUGGUCCCCCACGGGCAACCCGAGGAGGCCCGGCGCGUGCUGGCGCGCACCUCGGGGGACGCCGACCGCCGGCUCCAGGAGAUCGCGGCCUCCGUCCGGGAGGCGUCCAAGGGCGCCGGCGGCGAGCCGGCUGCGGGCGUGUGGCGCGACCUCCUGGUCCGACCCACCCCGGCCGUGCGGCGCGUGAUGGUCGCCAUCCUCGGCCUGCAGGUGUUCCAGCAGGCGUGCGGCGUGGCGGCGAUGGUCCUGUACGCGCCGCGGGUGUUCAGCCACGUCGGCAUCACCUCCGACCGCGCGGUGCUCGGCGCCACGGUCCUCCUCGGCGCCGCCAAGACGGUGGCCAUCGUGGUCCCGCUCUUCCUCGCCGACCGCCUCGGGCGCCGGCCGAUGCUGCUCGCCAGCGCGGGGGGCAUGGCCGCGUCGCUCCUGGUCCUCGGCCUCUCGGUGCGCGCGCCGCCGGCCUCCGCCACCGGGUGGGCGGCGGCGACGUGCGUGGCCGCGGCGGCGGCGUUCAUGGCGACGUUCUCGCUGGGGUUCGGGCCGGUGAUCUGGAUGUACGGGUCGGAGAUUCUUCCGCUGCGGCUGCGCGCGCAGGGCACCGGCAUCGGGACGGCGGUGAACCGGGUGAUGAGCGCGGCGGUGGGGAUGACCUUCAUCUCGCUCUACGAGGCGGUCGGCAUGGCCGGGACCUUCUACAUGUUCGCGGCGGCCUCGGCGGCGGCGUGGGUGUUCGUCUACGCGUGCCUGCCGGAGACCAAGGGGAGGAGCCUCGAGGAGAUGGAGGCGCUCUUCGACGCCGGUGCUAACCAGCCCUCGCCACCGCCGACGCUGUCGUGAUCCGUCCGGACAGAGGCAGCGAGUAGGCAUCGUGUUCGUGUCGCUCGCUAGCGCCGCAGAAGCUGGUAAGGAUGUAAGAUUGGUUAACCGAAAGGUUGGGUGUUGGCUAGUAUAAUUGUUACUACUAGUACAGUAGUAGCACUCCAGCAUUUUGUUUUGUUGAUGUGUAGUUUUGCAAUUUUGAAUGGGAAUGAAUGAUUGAUUCUUGGGAGUUGGGAGUUGUGUGUGUGUUUGUUGCUGCUGCUCUCACAAGAGGGCUGCUUGGAGUGACCCGGCAGCCACAUGGCUAAUUUUCAGUAACGCGGAAUCCAGAGUGCCCAUUUUUAAGUGA